AAAUUCUAGCGCACUCGAGUUGGUUUCUCCAAAAUGACCUACCCCACCUUUAAUAACACAUCUGAGUACUUAUUCCACCACUGUGUUUUGUACCCGUUUACUAAGGUAACUUAUUCUAAUGUCUCUUGUCCGCAGCCGAGAAACAUUUUCCUCCAUGGCCGUGACCGCCAUGUUCGUAUUGGGGACUUUGGCCUGGCCUGUAAGGACAUCCUCAUGGACGGCCAUAAGAGCUCCACCUCUCCCAGCACUGAUUCCUCACAUACCACAGGUGUUGGUACCUUUGUGUACGCUGCACCAGAACAACUGAGGGGCUCCCAUUAUGAUUCAAAGUCAGACAUGUACAGCAUCGGAGUCCUGGCUCUGGAGCUUUUCCAGCCCUUUGGGACCGAGAUGGAGCGCGUCCGGACCCUCGGGGACCUGAAAGAGGGGAAAAUCCCAGACUCCUUCUGCCAGAGAUGGCCGGAUCUGAGUAAAAACAUCAUGAAGCUGACGAGUAAAGAGCCAGCUGUUCGGCCCACAGCCAGCGAGCUUCUACAGAGUGAACUCUUCUGCAGUAAAGACAUAGUGAUUCAUGGUCUGCAGAGAAGGGUUGAAGAGCAGGAGGAGGAGAUCAUGCAGCUGAGGAGACAGAUCAGUCGGCUUCAGAGCUCAGACCCCUCUGAGUCGGACAAGUCCUAAUGCUUAAAGAGUAAUUGCCUCAAAGACUAUCAAAAUUGGAUUUAUUCACCCACUGCUGUACCAUGUUUUGCUCGCUUGGUACAAGUGGCAGAGAGAGAGAGAGAGUGUGUGUGUGUGUGUGUGUGCGCACGCUUGAGUGUGCGCGCGCUUGAGUGUGCGCAUUUGAGUGUGCGCAUUUGAGUGUGUCUUGUACACCUGAAUCUAAUGGUGCAAUUAUUUAUUUUAAUUUAGCUGUUCAAUAAAAACUACUGCUGCUACAUCAUG